AUGACGGCGUUGAGGCUGACCAUGUGGCUAUGGAUUCCUCAAGGCUCGUGUACAGAUGCGUUGGUCUUAUGGGAACCUCGGUUUCGGCAUGGCGGCGGAGGUUGCUCGAGGGUUGAGGUUGCUGGUGAGAUGAUGGAGGUGCGGAGCUUUGUGGUUGUGGUCAUGGAAGCGCGACUUGGGAUUUUUGGGUGGCGUGAUUUCAUUGAGAAUGCUUGUCCAUUAGCUACAAUACUGGAGUUAAAUUUGGACAUUGAUCAUCUUGAUAAGGACUUUGUUGAUUCAAUUUCUACCAAGUCUGCAUUGAAUUUGUAAGCUCAAAAGUGGGGUUAGAAAUGUGCAAACAUGCAACCAAGAACAAGUAGUGUUGGAGAUGGCAUUAGGGUAAGUACCUCAACUGUACCUAGUAAUUCUUGUGGUGGAACUGAACUAGAUGACCUAGACUCAUUUCGUGAUGUGUACAUAUGGGGUAAGUUUUUCUCAAAUGGGGUUUCACCUGAUGGGAUUGGAACUCAAAUUCCUUCUCAGAUAGAUGUGUUGAUUCCUAAGCCAUUAGAGUCAAAUGUUAUUCUAGAUGUUUGCCACAUUGCAACUGGUGCACACCACAUUGCUGUAGUAACUAAGCAAGGGAAUGUUUUUACAUGGGGAAAAGACUCAGGGGGAAGGCUUGGUCAUGGAAUUGACAACGAUUUUGUCUCCCCACGUGAAGUUAAGUUUCUUGAAGGUACUGAGUUUGACUUUGUUGCAUGCGGAGAGUAUCACACAGGAGUUAUAUCUAAAUGCUAUGAACUUUAUACAUGGGGUGAUGGAGAACAUAAUGUUGGACUUCUUGGACAUGGUUCUGAGGCUAGCCAUUGGAUGCCAAAAAUGGUCAAUGGCCCUUUAGAAGGAGUUGAAGUUGUGUGUGUUGCUUGUGGCUCAUGGCAUUCGGCAUUGGCAACCUCAGAUGGAAAACUUUUUACCUUUGGUGACGGUGCAUUUGGUGUCUUGGGUCAUGGAGAUCAAGAGAGUGUGUGUUAUCCAAAAGAAGUGAAACUUUUGAGUGGUCUAAAGACUAUAAAGGUUGCAUGUGGAGUUUGGCACACAGCAGCUAUUAUGGAGGUUGAAUUUCAAUCUGGUUCAAAUGCUUCAUCUGGGAAGCUUUUCACAUGGGGUAAUGGAGAUAAACAUUGUCUGGGUCAUGGAAACACAGAAACAUACCUUCAACCUACUCGUGUUGCUCCACUUACGGGAUAUAACUUUCACCAAGUUGCAUGUGGGCACACAAUGACUGUUGCUUUAACUACUUCUGGUCAUGUAUUUGCAAUGGGAGGAACUGAACAUGGGCAAUUGGGAAAUCCUGUGUCAGCUGGAAAAAUACCUACUUUAGUCCAAGAUAAGUUGCUGUGUGAGAUUGUUGAGGAAAUAUCAUGUGGAGCACAUCAUGUUGUUGCCUUGACAAAGAAAGGUGAACUAUAUACAUGGGGAAAGGGUGCCAAUGGAAGAUUAGGGCAUGGAGAUGUUGAAGAUAGGAAAUCUCCUACAUUGGUUAUAGCCAUGAAAGAUAGGACUAUAGAAAACAUCUCAUGUGGCUCUAACUUCACAUCAUGUGUAUGCAUCCAUAAAUGGGUCUCNUUUGACACUUAG